AUGUCACACUUCUUCUACUUGACUCCACAAAUUCUUCUGCCCUUUAGCCCUCUUACUUCUCAAGAGUUUGAUCUGAUCAGACGCAAGGCUGGAGCAUCUUGGCAGGAUGAAACACGAUGGUCAGAUUCUUCCAUGACAACAUACAGAGGCAGUUACCGGAAAAAACAACUGGACAAGUCCACAUGCAGCCAAUUUUCUUUUAGAGCAGGACAGCAUCAGCCUGAGUGUAAACAGAUGUCAUUGCCAAACAGUUCUGCCUGUCGUCUUCUCUGCGGGGCUGGUACCCAAGAGACUACAGAUGUCAAAGGACUAUUCCCUGAAAUAACCAGGCCCUUUAAAAAGUCAUUUGAUGUCAAGCAUGGAGUGGCACAUCAAAUUUGGGAUUUUGGUGAUUGUUUUCCAACACCUCCAAAUUAUGGAAAAUACUGUGUAAGACCUAAAAAGCUAGCACAGGAGGCCCUGAUAAACUACAGUCGACGAGGGAAAGGUGUGCUAAAGCAUCUUCAUGGACGGUGCGAUUCUGAAAGCAAGGUUGGCUCAUCUGAGGAUUCAGAAGCUGAUCGAUACUCUGAUUAUGGCUGGGGAGGACCCUCAUCGCCAUUUAACUGAGUUGGAAAACGAAGCCACAGUGCUGGAGGCGUGGAGUUUGCUUAAUAAACAACUUUGAGGUAUGGGGGCCCCCCAACACCCCCCUGCCCAGGAACAUCUGGACCCUGGCAGGUUGGCUUUCUGGGACGAUUCCAUGGGCUUCAUUUCUCAAUUUGUUCCCUUUUUACUUGGUGGUGAGAGACAAAACUCGUUAUAAUCUUUAUUAAACUUUCCUUUUUAAAUAAA